UCCCACUCGAAGCAUUCAAUCGCAAGAAGCUCACAAGUGCUUUAUUUUGUGCAUUUAGCAUCAGGAUCAAGUUUAGGAACCAAAAUCACCAAAAUGAAAGUUUUUCUGGGACUUUUUGCCAUGAUGACGGUGGCUGCCGCUGCCGGAGAUUAUCAGCAGCAGCACUACCAGCAGGCGCAGCACUACCAGGAGCCCCAGCAACACUACCAGGAACCCCAUCACCAAUACUACGAACACCACCAACAACCCAAGAAACACAUCCCCAUUGUGAAGAGUGAGAACAACCGCAACCACGAUGGAUCCUACAACUUCAACUACGAAACUGGCAACGGUAUCCACGCCCAGGAGCAUGGCUACACCAAGAAUGCCGGUCACAAGGAUGCUGAGACCCAAGUUGCCGAAGGAUACUUCUCCUACACCGGCGAAGAUGGUGUCCCCGUUGGACUCAAGUACGUUGCCGAUGAGCACGGUUUCCGUGCUGAGGGUUCCCAUCUGCCCACACCACCACCAAUCCCCCACGAGAUCCAGGAGGCUCUCGCCAAGAUCGCUGCCAACCCCCACAGCUAUCACGAUGAUGGUGAUGAUGGACAGUACAAGCACCAGUACGAGCAGGAGGGUCAGUACGCUCACCAGCCACAGGCUCAGUACACCCACCAGCAACCCCAUGCGCAGUACCACGGUGGACACAACCAGCACCAAUACUACAGCAAGCAUUAGAAGAACUUCAUCCUGUGUGUAGCCCAUCCUUUAACUUAUUAGCCCAUUGUGAUGUACAUAAAUUGUGAGCCUAUCUAAAAUAUAGACCCAUGUGAGAAGA